AUGAGUCAUGAAUAUCGAAAGGCAGCAUCUUUUGGAUUUGGAGGGUCUAAUCAUUGCGAUGGCUGCAGCCCUUAUAAUCCACGAGGUGGUGCAGGUUGGUAUGGAGGAGCUGCUUCUGGUAACGAUGGAUUAAGUGCUGCAGGAGGUUCAGGAUAUGUUUUUGCUAUUAACUCUUUUGUUGUUGAUAGUUAUAAUUAUAAAAGAGAAUAUUAUCUAAGAAAACCAUCAAUGAAAAGUGGAGUUAAAUAUGGAAAUGGUGAAAUCAGAAUAACACUUCUCGACUAUGCAAAGUCGAGAAUAUAA